CAUCACCAAAAAUCACCUUUUGGCUUUUGGAUAUCUUCUCUUCUCUACUGGUUGACACGCCCAUUAAACUCUCCAAUCAUCAAACUCUCCGCCACUUGCAAACAAUUCCCGGCAUCUCCGCCUGACACCCGGAGCUAUUCAACUCCGCCGCCGCGAUUUUCUUCGGCGAACUUCGUAUGUUACUUCACCUAUUGUCUAUCAAUACACCUCAUAUAUAUGUAUAUGCAUCUCGAUUAUUUGUGCGUUUAUUUCAGCAGUUCCUUUUGAGCAGAUGUGUGUGUUAAUUUGAGCAAUUCAGCUGAUAGCUAUAUGUUAUUGUGUGUGUGCGCACGCGCGUGCGACAGAUCUUUUCUGAUUUUCAGUUAAAUCAUUUUCAUGGCGAUUAAAUCAACUUAUCCCUCACCGACCAAUUGCGUUCUGCAUUUUGAAAUUUGGACUUCAUAGUUUUCCUUUUGACUUCUUGCUCGCUUUUAGUUUAACUAUUGAUUAAUGAUUUGAAGAUUUUUAUGCAUAAACAAUACUCGUUUAUUUCAUAUUUUAUUUCCACGUUUUAUAUAUGCUUCAUCUAGUUAGUUGAGUUCGAUUAAGAAAUUACAUCUCAAAUGAGAAGUCGCUGACUGGAUUUUGCCUCCGUGUGCUGCUUUUGAGCUGGAAUUUGUCAUAAUCGUAUGCUCAAGUUGACUAAAUAUGUUCCUCCAAUAGCUAAUUUUUAGUGUUAUAUAAUUCAUCCUUGUUCUACGAUGGUAAAUUCCGAUAUCUGAUCUUCUUAGAGUAGAUGAUGAUCCCCGACAGCGACAAAUUGACGAGAUUAAUAGGUGUGCAAGAUAGAUCCUGCACUUUGAUAAUGAUCACCGAAAACAACGAUUUGUUGACCGAGAUCCUCCUCUGGCUGCCUGCAAAAUCCCUCAUCAGAUUCAAAUUGGUGUCCAAGAAAUGGCUCGAUUUGAUCUCGAGUCAUCAUUUCUCCGAACAGCACACUCUGCAGCAGCGCCACCAACGCUGUCAUUCCAAGUUGAAGCCUUCCCUCCUCCUCCACCUUGCAGAGGCUUCAACCUACUUGUAUCUUCACAGCAGCCCCAAUGGUGAAAAGUUGGUGCCAUAUGCUUUCUCCUCGACUCUAGUUGAGCCAACUUUACGGAGCUUCUCCAACGGCCUCUUUCUGCUCCAGUGCCGUAAUGUUGAGAAGCCUUUUGAAGUUUAUUGCGUUUACAAUCCAACCACAAAGCAGUCCAAGGAGAUCUUGCUCAAUGUGGAUGACAUGUAUAGAUGUGUUUUGGGGCUCAACCUGGUAUUUGAUCCUCUUAAAUCGCCUCAUUACAAGAUUUUUUGCAUCAAGGCUACUCCGAGGAGAUCAUUCAGCUUCUGGCGGAGUUGGUGGAGGCGCUGUCAGAUUGAGGUGUACGAGUCUGAUACAAGCACUUGGAAGCUUUGUGGUGAACCAUUUUUGGCUCCACGAGAAGUGGUGUUUGAUCAUGGGAUAGAGUGGAAAGGCUGCAUCCAUUGGUGCGGGGUCUUUUUUGAUCUUCAAGAAUGUGUUCUUGGAAAGCAUCCAGAAAUUGUGAUUGCAGGGGAUGCUGGAACGGAGGGUUUUCACCAGAAAUAUGUAGAGUCCAAUGGCUUUUUGCAUAAUGUUGCUCACUUCCCCGAAAAGAAAUCUGUUAUGGUAUUUGAACUGCAACGUGACUACUCCAAAUGGUCGUUGAAGUAUCACAUUAACCUUGAUGGAGCUUCAGGGUCACUGUCCGUGCUGAGUUACAUCAGGGGAGAGAGCGAAGACGAAGAAGAUAGCAAGUUAGUGCUUCAUGAACCUGGCAAGAUUAAGUUUUAUGCGCUGCGAGAGAACUGCGUGAAGGGGCUCGUUGAUUUUGGAGGGACGGGAUUUUACCAAGAGGGACGCUCUCAAUCUGCUUCUAACCAUACUUUUCAACUCAUUGAAACACUAGCUUGUGUUUGAUUCCGUAUGUCUUUCCUGUUUCUUCAUCUCUAUACAUGGUGAUCUUGUUUAUUUGUGUUCUCUACUCUCAAAGUUUAUGUGAUUUUUGAAAUUUCACCUAA